GUGGCCACUAGGCUAGUGGUAAAUCAAUGUGUAGCUGUCAUAUUACUUUUUUCUUUUACGUCAUUUUCUAUGUCCUAAGUAGGUUUAGGUUUCUGUCAGAACCAACCACGAUAGCAGCGCCUCUCUCGCAGGUAGAGGACUCAUAUUUAAGGAAUAACAUUCUUAGAAACUAGAUUUAUAGGGCAAUGGAACACGGACUUCAAAAUACAUUGGAAAAUCUUGAAGCAGUCUGUAAAGUGAAUAAAAAUAGAUCCACGGAUUAGAUCAGUGCUUUAAUCUUAAAACAUCUCUCCCAGAUUUUUUUUGGUUUUAUUAGAAAACAUCAUUACAGCAAUAUUUGCUACCCUAAUUAAUUAAGAAAUAUCUUAGGUAAGCAAAUGUGCAUUGGAAUAAAAUAAAUGAUUCAUAAUGUCAAGAUACAAGCAACCAGAAAAAUUGGAGAAAUUAGCUUUACGCAAACUCGGCGAUUGGAUAGCGUUACAGGCAGAGAUUCAAAUGGUGCCGGCAGUAGGAGUCGCACAAGAAAACAUCAGUAAUGCCCAAGUAGUGCUAGCAAAUAGCAUUAACUUUAUUCGAUCUUAUCUUGAUUUUAACGUCCCUUGGAUGCUUUACGACUCAUUAGCAGAAAUGACGAUUAAAGCUCUGUCAGAUUUAAUAGAAAAAACUAAAAAUUCGUAUGGAUUUAGAAUUUCCAUGGGAAGAUUUGUCACUCAAAUGAAUGUUAUUGUAAAAAUGACUGAGGUACUGUUCACUAAAAAUAUUACGUAUCUAUCUAUUGAUAGAAUUCCUAAGAUGAUUCGUUCAGUUUUUUAUGCCAAGUUAUACAUGCUCAAAGGUUUAGUAUAUCUUAAUUUAGGUUCUCUCUCAGGUGGGUGGAAAACAGCAGAUAUGGAGGGUGCCAUUAUUCAAUCCUUGAAAGAAUUGCAUUCCCUUAAAUAUCUGUUUAUGAACUACGAUUGCACUGACAACAUCCUUAUAUGUAUUGUACAAUAUUGUCCAAAAAUAGAAACACUAGAUGUUUCUUCAUCUAAAUGCAUAUCAAAUGAGAGUAUAGAUAUUAUUUGUAAUCUAAAAAAAUUAAAAAGCAUACAACUCUAUAGGACGUCCGUUACGUGGACAGGAUUUGCGAAUUUGCUUUUGCAUUGCGAUAAUUUGGAAGACGUGGGCAGAUGUGACGAAAUUGGCAGAGUAUUAGAAUUUAUACAUAAAACUGGCAUCGGACUAAAGCAACUUAAUUUAAAAACUUACGUCAGUCGUUACGCUACCGAUACUCAUUUACAAUUGGCGGUAAAAAUGUGUCCCUUGAUUCGGAGCAUGACAGUUUUCCACAACACUUUGCAAAGCGAUCUCAUGAUAUUGAUAGGUUUAGAUCAUUUGUGCGAUCUGAAAUUAUUAUCAUGUGACUUUUAUGCGGACCAAAUUAAACAGGUGCUUCAAGCCAAGGGUUGUAACAUUAUAAGCCUACACCUAGAACAUGUCGAUCAAAUCGAUUUGAAUGCUUUAAUGUACAUAAGUCAAAUGUGCCCAUUGCUUGAAAAUUUUACUCUUUAUAAUUGCUCAUUGAUACAGCAUACAUCUUUAUAUACAAAAAAACUUGAUAUAUUACCCUUCAGAAAUCUAAAAAAACUAACGUGCGUAAGCACUUGUACAGAUGAACAGUUAUUAUUCUUACUAAGUAAUUGUGUUAACGUAGAAUUUCUUCAUAUUGGGACAGCUAUACAAUUUACCGAUGAUUUCAUGUUUAAAAUAUUAGAGAUAAAUCCACUGAUACAUUUGAGAGAAUUGCGUAUAAUGCAAUCUGACUUUAUGACUGUUACUUCUGUCGAAAGAAUAAUCCAUAGUUGCAUGAGCUUAGAAAUAUUAGUAGAACUAGAGAGUUGGACACUUUUAACAGACAGUGAUCGCGAGUUUAUAAGAAAUUAUAUUAAAAUGAACAACUUCAAUAUCGACACAAGCCCUAUCAGACGAUAUGAUGCAUGACAAGGUCAUCGCCAAGGCGGGUCAGGGCUGUUACUCACCCCUUAUGAUACCUACAAUCCCUAUGGAUCUACUUGACAUUAUUUCAUUAAAAAAAUAAAUCACAUGU